GAGUACUAGACAUACCAAGGUGGUGCCUGGUGGUGGGUGCUUUUGUACCCAACAUUAUAUCUCUCAUACAGCUUGCACCCCCUCUCUCUCUCUCUCUCUCUCUCAUUGCCAAAUUUAAUAUGUGAUCUCAAUCUCCUUUUUGUUUUUCUACAACCCUAUUUUAUUUUAUUUUUUAUAAAGUUGUCAUCUUGUUAGAAAAUUCCGAAUUACCCCUUUUCAAUCAACAUUUAAAAACUUAUUUCUAUUGAUUUUUGAGGGAAUUUUCUUGUGUAUGCAAGUCAAAAAGCUCUCAUCUUUCUUGCUUUUCUGAUGUGAGUGCAUGCUACCAUCAUUUUCCAUCUUCAAUCUCAACUGGGUUUUGUUCUCUGCAUCUAAUUUCUCAAUCUUUAACAAUAAAUUCACUCAAAAAUUGAAAAAAGUUUGAAUCUUUUCUUGUGGGUAAGCUUCAAAUUUCAAUUGAUGAUAAGGGGUUGCUUUGAAAGAUGUUUUUAAUCUCAAUUGGGUUUUGUUUCUUGCAUCUAGUUUCUCAAUCUUUAACAAUAAAUUCACUCAAAAAUUGAAAAAAGUUUGAGUCUUUUCUUGUGGGUAAGCUUCAAAUUUCAAUUGAUGAUUAGGGGUUGCUUUGAAAGAUGUUUUUAAUCUCAAUUGGGUUUUGUUCUUUGCAUCUAAUUUCUCAAUCUUUAACAAUAAAUUCACUCAAAAAUUGAAAAAGUUUGAAUCUUUUCUUGUGGGUAAGCUUCAAAUUUCACUUGAUGAUAAGGGGUUGCUUUGAAAGAUGUUUUUAAUCUCAAUUGGGUUUUGUUUCUUGCAUCUUGAACAAUAAAAUCACUAAAAAAUUGAGAAAAUUUGGAUCUUUUUUGGUGGGUUUGUUUUGAAAAAUGAAAUCUGGUGAUCAAGAAGGUGUAAAGGUGGAAUCUUUACAUGUUAUGAACUCAAAGAUCAAGAUCAAGAACAAGAAAAAGAAGAAAAGUGAUCAUGAGUUUGGUGGGUGUUGGAAUAAAUGGGGAUUUAUUGGUAGCUGUGUUUCCUCAAGAUCCAAAGUUGAUAGCUCCACCAGUGGCAUCAGUAGUCAAUAUGAAGCUAAAUCAGCCACUAACACUAGCAAAGAUCAACCCGAAAUCCCGGCCACCCCGACAACGACAAGCAACUGUGAUAACAACAAUUUGUCAUCACCAAAACCCGAAGAAGAGCUCAAAGUUGCUUCUCGUCUUCGUAAAUUUGCAUUUAAUGAUCUUAAACUGGCAACAAGAAACUUUCGACCCGAAAGUCUUCUUGGUGAAGGUGGUUUUGGGUGCGUUUUUAAAGGAUGGAUUGAAGAGAAUGGAACUGCACCGGUUAAACCGGGCACUGGGCUUACUGUUGCUGUCAAAACACUGAACCAUGAUGGGGUUCAGGGCCAUAAAGAGUGGCUGGCAGAAGUGAGUUUUUUGGGUGAUCUUGUGAACCCGAAUUUGGUUAAACUGAUCGGUUAUUGCAUCGAAGAUGAUCAACGGUUGCUAGUGUACGAGUUCUUGCCUAGAGGGAGCUUGGAGAAUCACUUAUUCAGAAGAUCAUUGCCUCUUCCUUGGUCCAUCAGGAUGAAGAUAGCUCUCGGUGCCGCUAAGGGACUUGCUUUUCUUCAUGAAGAAGCAAAACGGCCCGUCAUUUAUCGUGAUUUUAAAACCUCCAAUAUUUUGCUAGAUGCAGAAUACAACGCCAAGCUUUCUGAUUUUGGUCUUGCUAGAGAUGGCCCGGAAGGUGAUAAAACUCACAUAUCUACACGGGUCAUGGGAACUUACGGUUAUGCAGCUCCGGAAUAUGUGAUGACAGGACACCUGAGUACAAAAAGUGACGUUUAUAGCUUCGGUGUUGUUUUACUUGAAAUGUUGACCGGCCGGAGGUCAAUGGACAAAAAGCGUCCGAAUGGGGAACACAACCUCGUAGAAUGGGCCCGUCCACAACUAGGAGAAAAGAGACGGUUUUAUAGGUUGAUAGACCCUCGAUUAGAAGGCAAUUUCUCAAUAAAAGGAGCCCAAAAGGCUGCACAACUCGCGGCCCGUUGUCUUAGCCGUGACCCGAAAGCCCGGCCUUUAAUGAGUGAAGUUGUUGAAUGCCUUGAACCUUUGCCAGCCCUUAGAGACAUGGCGGGCUCAUCUUAUUAUUUACAAACUGUUCAACCUGAACGGGCCGGGUCCAGCCCGGACCCGACCCGAUCGGUUGUUGGGUCGUUUCAAAGAAACGGCCAGCAACAUCCACGAACCCUCUCGAUACCUAACGCUUCGCCACGUCAUCACCAGUUUGUGCAGAUUUCUCCAAAACCGAAAGGAAAGCAAUAACAAAGGGCGGUUUGGUCCUUGACCCUAAAUAUAUGUAUCGUUACGUGUUUCUAAUUUAUGAUAUGAACACGGGUUAUGUUAAUAUAGUAUGUUAAGUUAACCAUAUUUGUCUUUUUCA